AUGAUUCAUCCUGGGGACCAAAUCGAUAUGAAUACUGAUCUAAUGGACGCGAGAACCACUAGCAGAGAAGUCGUAUACGAGAAGGAACAGGUGACACUCUCCCAAUAUUAUCAUCCGAGUGUUCACUUUGGCGGAGACUCUGAUCCUUUAGACUUAAACACAGUCAACAGGCAAACAGACACUGGUGGAGUUGGCGAGAGAUUCACGGCUACUCGGCCAAAAGAUCAGAUUGAUAGAUAUAUGAAUGCAGAUCCUUUUGACGGGAGCACGACCAACAGAGACUACUCCGGAUGGUAUAGGCGCGACAACGAUGCCAUUACCCGUGCCACCGCCACCGCCUCCACCAAUGGGUGGUUUUCCAUCCACCUCCUCCACACAGAUCAGCAGCCAGCAAGAAGACCUGUCUAUACAUAUUAUGAUGCUUCAGCUCCUCCGCCACCUCCACCUCCUCCAUCCCAGUCGGGUACCUUCUGUGCUCGAGCAGUCUGCACCGCUUUGACCACUAGCGGUAGAGCUAGACAAGUCGGUAACCAGCAAGCACUCGGUCCAAAAUCACACGGGCGACCGACAAGGUUCUGA